AUUGGGACUGUACGCACCCCCGUAGUCCUUGAUCAGAUCGCAGCAGGGAGGUCCGGUCUGGUAUUGGUCUGCUCCGGCCGGUCUGGUCUGUAUACACAGUAUUGUCUCCGUGUCUCCGUAUGUCUGUGUCGACGGGGGUGGCAUGACGCUGGACGUAUCUGAACCCAAACCGCUGCGUAUCGAGUUCCAAGGGGAAGUAAUAUAGAGAAUGAAUGUCCAGUGGCAAGGAGCAGCGAGGAGAUGGCGGCAAAUAACAUGAAUCACGUAUGUACCAGUAUGUAUACAGGCGCGACGCAAAGCCCGAUACAUGGGCUGGGAACCGCACGACGGCAUUCACAUCGGCGUGGAUGUGUGUACGACUGUGGGCGUCAGAAUGAAACAGCGCCGCGGGUUCGAGGGAGGGAAAGUAAACUUCGUACCCUCAUUCGCCGCGCCUGGGUCCAUCCACGACACGUAUGUACCAGUACGGCCGGUGCAACAGGAUCUGUGGCCAUGGACUAGAGCUUAGCUCAGUGGCUUAGCGUAACCUGUAACCGCCCGGGUACCGAGAGAACCUGUGUACAUACAUCCAGUAAUACACACCGCGGCAGGCGUCAAAUUUAAUGGUACGAUCC